AUGAAGAAGCAUCUCACCAUUGUCAUCAAGCUCGGUACAUGAGAAGUCCUGUAAGGACGUCCCCUCGAAACAGACGCAGAGCAUCCUAACUCUUCCCCCCCCCCCCUCAGGCACCUCGAGUAUUGUCGACGAGAAAUCCCACGAGCCAUUACUCUCCACCCUCUCUACCAUCGUCGAGACCGCCGUCGCCCUCCGCCAUGAAGGCCACCGGGUCGUUAUAUGCUCUUCGGGAGCCAUUGGAAUGGCCCUUCGGCAGGUCGACAUGGAGCGGCGGCCGAAGCAUCUUCCACAAGUGCAGGCAUUGGCGGCCAUAGGCCAGUGCAAGCUCAUGGCCAUGUGGGAUCAACUCUUCAUGCAUAUGCGCCAACCUGUCGCCCAAAUCCUCCUCACGAGAAACGACAUUGCCGAUCGAACGCAAUACCUCAACGCACAGAAUACCUUUGUCGAACUGUUAAACAUGGGAGCCAUCCCCAUUGUGAAUGAGAACGAUACCCUGAGCGUACAAGAAAUCAAGUUCGGAGACAAUGACACUCUCAGCGCAAUCACUGCCGGCAUGGUGCAAGCAGACUACCUCUUCCUCAUGACCGACGUGGACUGUCUCUACGACAAGAACCCACGCACUCAUCCCGACGCAAAGGCGAUAGAAGUGGUCGAGGACAUCUCCGAGCUAGCAGUCGACACGGCCAGCGCAGGGAGCUCACUGGGGACGGGUGGAAUGGGGACCAAGAUCACCGCAGCUCGUCUCGCAACAGCAGCGGGCGUGACAACGGUCAUCACCCGCAGCAGCAAUCCGGGCAACAUCACGGCCAUAGUCCGCUACGUCGAGGGCCAGAAGUCGGCUUCACACAUCAUGCACAACAGCAUCGACCAAAUCCCCCAACUCCCAGCCCGCUCCACCUCCCUGGACCCUCCCUCUCCAACCUCACCACGGACCCAUCCUCAUCUCCAAAAAGCAGACAUCGUCGUCAACGGCGUCCAUUCCUCCCCUAAACUCUCCGAACCGGGCCUCCCACCCCUCCACACCCGCUUCCUCCCGGACCUCCAGCCCAUCCGAGACCGCUACUUCUGGCUCCUCCAUGGCCUCGCACCCCACGGAACCCUCUACAUCGACUCAGGAGCGCACACCGCCAUCGCGGCCAAGGCAGGCCUGCUCCCCGUCGGAAUCAUCGACCUCGAGGGCCACUUCGGCCAACACGAAUGCGUUCGCCUCAUCGUCCUCCCUUCCCGCGAUGCCCCCCUGGACCAGGGCGAAGACGUGGGCAAGGCCAUCGUGAACUACUCGGCCGCGGAGAUUAAGCGUAUCCGCGGCGUCAAGAGUUCCCAGAUUGCCGAGGUCAUAGGCUACGCGGAUUCGGAAUACGUCGCGUGGAGGGAUAGUAUUGCGCUGUAUAAGAGGGAACUCUCGCGGCCGGUGACUCCCCUGGGGGACGAUGUGAAGAGGCUGAGCAUGGGGCGAUUGAGUACGUAUGUGGAUGGCGUGGAGAAUGAGAGAAAUAUCACAUGA